AUGCUCUCGCGUGUCUCUCGUGUGGCGCGUAGUGCGACCGCACGCCGCACAACAUGCGCACAUCGUGUGCGUCUAAGUCAGGCGGCCUUUUUUUCGACAGAUAAUGUGGCUAAAGCACCGACAAAUGCCGAGGAGGAGAUGGCGCUCACUCCCAAGGUGCAGACCGUGCUGGAUCAGAUCCUGGAGCUUAAUAUGAUUGAGAUUGCAGAGCUCUCUCACGCUAUCCAAACCAAGUUCGGUAUCGCCGAGUCUGCAUUCCAGGUUGGCAUGGGUGGCGGCGCUUCUGGUAGUGCGGCGCCUGCUGUAGAGGAGGCCAAGGAGGAGAAGACUGCGUUCGAUGUGAAGCUGGCCAGUUUCGACGCGAAGAGCAAGAUUAAGGUUAUCAAGGAAGUGCGUGCUAUCACGGGUUUGGGUCUGAAGGAGGCGAAAGAGCUUGUCGAGGGCGCCCCGAGUACAGUAAAGAAGGAUGUAAAGAAGGAAGAGGCCGACGAACUCGUGGAGAAGCUUAAGGCUGUGGGUGCAGUCGUGGAACUGGAAUAG